AUGAGAACGAAAGGACGGAAGAAGCGAAGAAGAAGGAAUUCUAUACUGCUAGGCGAUGGAGUGUGCUUCCUACCCGAUCGAGCACACUUGAUUGCACCAGUUCGAAAGAAAGUCCCGAUGGACGAAAAGCAAGAUGCCACACUAAGAAAGAUAAAACAAUUAGCUCAUCUAUCUCUGCUUAAUAAAGACUAUGCCUCUUCGAAAAAGGCCAAUAGGUAUAGGAAAGGUCGUCACGGUCUCUCCGCCUACUUCUCGGUCUACCUAUCAUACAGGAUGAUCUUACAUACAGAUGAAGAAGAAUUUGAUCUAAUAAAGGGAGCUAGAAUAGCAUUCCCAAGCACUACCCUCAGUUGCUGCCCCAGGAAGGAAAAGCUACUGGCCGCUUCGCUCCUUAAAUAG